AUGUGGAAGAUGCGGACGCUCCUGGGCUUCGUGCAGGGCUGCUACGGCGGCUGCUGCUGCUUCUGGCUCCUGCUGCCGCCGCCGCUGUGGGUCAGCCUGGCCGCGGCGAAGCAAGUGCUGCGCUACCGGCUGGCCGAGGAAGGGCCGGCCGACAUCCGCAUCGGCAACGUGGCCUCGGACCUGGGCAUCGUGACGGGCUCGGGCGAGGUGACGUUCAGCCUGGAGUCCGGCUCCGACUACCUGAAGAUCGACAACAUGACGGGCGAGCUGAGCACCACGGAGCGGCGCAUCGACCGCGAGAAGCUGCCGCAGUGCCAGAUGAUCUUCGACGAGAACGAGUGCUUCCUGGACUUCGAGGUGUCCGUGAUCGGCCCGUCGCAGAGCUGGGUGGACCUCUUCGAGGGCCGGGUCAUCAUCCUGGACAUCAAUGACAACACGCCCACGUUCCCCUCCCCGGUGCUGACCCUCACCGUCGAGGAGAACCGCCCGGUGGGCACGCUGUACCUGCUGCCCACCGCCACCGACAGGGACUUCGGCCGCAACGGCAUCGAGCGCUACGAGCUGCUCCAGGAGCCCGGCGGCGGCGACGGCGGGCGGCGCGGCGGCGGCGGCGCGGCGGUCGCCACCGCGGACAGCGCCCUCUACCCCGGGGGCGGCAAGAGGCGGCAGGAGGCCGACGGCGCGGCCAGGAGCAGCGUCUUCGAGCUGCAGGUGGCCGACACGCCCGACGGGGAGAAGCAGCCGCAGCUGAUCGUUAAGGGGGCGCUGGAUCGGGAGCAGCGGGACUCGUACGAGCUGAGCCUGCGGGUGCGGGACGGCGGCGAGCCGGCGCGCUCCUCCCAGGCCAUCCUGCGGGUGCUGAUCACGGACGUGAACGACAACAGCCCGCGCUUCGAGAAGAGCGUGUACGAGGCGGACCUGGCCGAGAACAGCGUGCCCGGCACCCCCAUCCUGCAGCUGCGGGCCGCCGACUCGGACGUCGGCGUCAACGGGCAGAUCGAGUACGUCUUCGGGGCGGCCACGGAGUCGGUGCGGCGCCUGCUGCGCCUCGACGAGUCCUCGGGCUGGCUCAGCGUGCUGCACCGCAUCGACCGGGAGGAGGUGAACCAGCUCCGCUUCACCGUCAUGGCCAGGGACCGCGGGCAGCCGCCCAAGAACGACAAGGCCACGGUGGUGCUCAACAUCCGCGACGAGAACGACAAUGUGCCCACGAUCGACAUCCGCAAGAUCGGGCGCAUCCCGCUGCGCGACGGCGUGGCCAGUGUGGCUGAAGACGUCCUGGUGGACACCCCCAUCGCCCUGGUGCAAGUGUCCGACCGUGACCAGGGCGAGAACGGCGUGGUGACUUGCACCGUGGUGGGGGAUGUGCCCUUCCAGCUCAAGCCGGCCAGUGAGGGCGAGGGCGAGCCCCAGAACAAGCGCAAGUACUUCCUGCACACCUCAGCCACCCUCGACUACGAGGCCGUGCGUGACUACAAUGUGGUGAUCGUGGCUGUGGACUCGGGCAGCCCCAGCCUGUCCAGCAACAAUUCCCUGCUGGUGCGCGUGGGGGACACCAACGACAACCCGCCCGUCUUCAGCCAGCCUGUGCUAGAGGUCUCCUUUCCCGAGAACAAUGCCCCCGGCGAGAGGGUGGCCACCGUGUUGGCCACGGAUGCUGACAGUGGCAAGAAUGCGGAGAUAGCCUACUCUCUGGAGCCCUCCCUGCUCUCGCCCGACUCUCCUGGAGGCCUCUUCACCAUUGACCCUGAUUCUGGUGACGUGCGGGUCCAGGCUGUGCUGGACCGUGAACAACGGGAUACCUACGAGUUCCUGGUGCGGGCCCGGGACAAGGGGGUGCCACCCCUGGAGGGCUCCACCACAGUGGUGGUGCGGGUGGCCGACCGCAAUGACAACGAGCCACGCUUCAUGCAGGAUGUCUUCACCUUCUACGUCAAGGAGAACCUGCAGCCCAACAGCCCGGUGGGCAUGGUGACCGUGAUGGAUGCGGACAAGGGGCGCAAUGCCCAGCUGAGCCUCUCCAUCCAGCCCGGCGGCGGCGGCGGCAGCGACCCAAACCAAAGCACCCCCGGCGGCAUCUUCUCCAUUGAGAACGACACAGGCACCAUCUACUCCACCGUUUCCUUUGACCGGGAGCUGCAGACCAGCUACACUUUCAAGGUGAAGGCGGUGGAUGGGGGCGAGCCCGCACGCUCGGCCACAGCCACCGUCUCCCUCUUCGUCAUGGAUGAGAAUGACAAUGCGCCGGCCGUCACCUCGCCAGCCAACAGCUCCUACACUGUGCUGCCGCCCUCCAGCCACGUGCGCUCGGUGGUGGCCACGGUGCAGGCCCGCGACGCUGAUGCGGGCCAGAAUGCCGAGCUGAGCUACAGCCUGGUGGGGGGCAACCCCUUCCGCCUCUUCGAGAUCGAUCCCACGAGCGGCGUGGUGUCGCUGGUGGGCAAGCUGGCGCCCAAGCACUACGGCCUGCACCGGCUGGUGGUGCAGGUCAACGACAGUGGGCAGCCGCCCCAGUCCACCACAGCGCUCCUGCACGUCUUCGUGAACGAGAGCCUGGCCAAUGCCACGGUGGUGGAGGGCCAGGUGGCGCGCAGCCUGCACACCCCCCUGGGCCACGACAUCGCCGGAGACCCCAGCUAUGAGCUGAGCAAGCAGCGCCUCAGCAUAGUUGUGGGGGUGGUGGCCGGGAUCAUGACAGUGGUCCUGCUCAUCCUGGUGGUGGUCAUGGCCCGCUACUGCCGCUCCAAGGGCAAGCACGGUGGCUACGAGGCCGGCAAGAAGGACCACGAGGACUUCUUCACGCCCCAGCAGCACGACAAGGCCAAGAAGCCCAAGAAGGACAAGAAGGGGAAGAAGGCAGGGAAGCAGCCGCUCUACAGCAGCAUCGUCACCGUUGAGGCCUCCAAGCCCAAUGGGCAGCGCUAUGAUGGCGUCAAUGAGAAGCUCUCUGGGGACAGUCCCGCCAUGAGCCGCUACCGCUCAGUCAAUGGCGGCCCAGGCAGCCCAGACCUGGCCAGGCAUUACAAAUCCAGCUCCCCUUUGCCCACCGUCCAGCUCCACCCGCAGUCACCCACGGCCGGGAAAAAGCACCAAGCCGUGCAGGAACUGCCCCCAGCCAACACCUUUGUGGGUGCAGGGGACAACAUCUCCAUUGGGUCCGACCACUGCUCCGAGUACAGCUGUCAAGCCAGCAGCAAGUACAGCAAGCAGGUGGAUACUGUGCAGACUACGCAGCCCCCUGGCCACAUUGAGGAAUCGUGUAAAAUGAAUCCAUUUCGUAGAGUGACGUUUUCAGUUGUGAGUCAGCCUCAGGACCCACAUCAAGGGUCAUUGCAGAGUUGCUAUGACAGCGGUCUGGAGGAGUCAGAAACACCAAGCAUAGCAGCCUUAUGGAAAGCCAACAAGCAGGACGUGAGGGCAAUUGCCUUUUCAUGCUUCUUUAUUUUGAUAGUUGGUUUUGAUUCUAACUCUAUACAAUCAACUAGAGAUUCAAGACCUUUACCAGAUGUAGCCCUGACUGGGAAGUGCACCCGGGAAUGUGACGAGUAUGGUCAUUCAGACUCCUGCUGGAUGCCUGUCCGCACUUCACCUGAAAGGAAGCAGAAGAGCCAGCCAAAACUCUCCACUUUCAUGCCUGUUGAUGAACGGGGCAGUCAAGAGAAGCUGGCCAAUGGAGAAGCCUCCCUGAUGGGUGACCGCAACAGAAACCUCCUUAACAAAAAGUUGACCUCAUCCUAUGAGACCUUCAGUGCAGCUAGUUUCAGCAAAAGUGAGGAAGCCAACCCAGAGGAUAUUCCUCUCACGCAGACAGGGGAAUACAAGCCAUCUCCUGUCAAUACUUUAACUAGAAGAGAAGUUUACCUUUAGGCUGCGAAGAAGUAACAAUACCAUUCUCUUGCAUAUUAGAAGGGGAUAAAAGGCAAAAACCUAUAAAUCCAAACAAUUUUAACUCAAAAAGAAAGGAAAGUCUAUUGAAACAAAGGGGGCUACCAAAGAGACAAAAGCUUGGCCUGCCACUUCUGCCUCCAUGCCAGGCAUUUACGUAUCCUGUCUGCCUGACUAUAAUGUACAAUGUAGAAACCAUUGUUGUUCCUGCAUGCCUAAUUCCCCACUCACCAAUCUUUAUUUUCCUAAAUUUAUGGCUGUAAAUUCCUUUCAAGGUAACAAGUCUGAAAUGGAAAAGAACCACAGAAACUGUUGUUACCCCUCCCCCACUGCCGAAACAUUGUUUGAGCCACUCAGAUUCUCAUUUGGUGGUCAUCUGGUUUGUUUGCAAUAGCAGGCCAGAGGGAAAAUUCUUAUAUAUGUCUGUACACAUAUAUAUUCAUAUUCCCAGGAUACCAUCUGAAUCUUGCUGGUUCCCAUCAGAUAGAAGCCUUCUGAAACCACACAAAAGUAAAUAGAUAAAGAUGCUUUUAAAAAGAGAGAGAGAGAGAGCACUUUCUGAAGAUCACAGCUUUAAUACUGUCCUGUGGCUGGAAACAGCAGAACAAAUACAUUCUGCCUGAGAUUGUAGUCCAAUAUACAACACAUUCUCUAUAAUCAAGAACUGUGCAUUCUGUUUCCCCAUAGAAUACACACUAUCCCUUCCUCUGCUUAUGUCUCUCUUCUGCCUUGCCCUCCCUCUUCUCUCUCCCCUGCCUCUUUCUCUGACAUUUAACUUCAACAUGAUAAUGACAAUAUGUAUCAUGCUAUACUAAGGAUAAACUGCUAAACAGGUGUCAUUUUUAGUUUUACAAGACCAACUUUUGCUUGGAUGACCAUAGUAACUAAAAGGCCAAAGAACACACUAUGGAUCAGGGGAAUUGCUCAUUGGUCUUAGCUUAGGAAAUCUGACACCAACACGCACAAACACAUGCACAUAAUUUCCACACGUAUUUGCACAGCAGUCGAUGCUGCAAGCCCAGGGGAUGUAGUUGUUUCUACAAUGGGUUUUAGUCGAGUGCCCAAAGGAACUGAUGGCAUGAGCUUGCUGGCAGCAGCACAAUACAACCUAAGCUAUAUUAUCAUGAUCCUCCAGUUCCAGAGAUACGUUUUCCUUAGAAGGUUUCAAAUCCAUCCAGGAGGCUGGGUUGAUGAGCUCCACAACAUGUUGAGGGAGAAAUGUGAAAGAAGAGUGAAAUGAAGGUGGUGGGAAGAAUAUGCUUCAAGUCAAGUAUGACAACAGCUUUGUUGAGAGUGGAUGCUAACUCUUGAAUUAUCAGUGUUCCGGGUUAAUCAUUAACUCUUGACAAAGGUAUUAUGCAGGUUUUCUUAAAACACAAGUGCAUUUAAGCUGAGUCCUGUGCAAUAUGAAAUUAAUGUUGAGACUCGAGGUGACCGGUAGUCUUGACUAGCGUCACCGCCAAUGUGCUCUGGGCAACCUAGUUUUGCUUGUGACAAGUUACAAAGAAUCCAGACCUGAUCAUAAUAGUGCAGAGCUCUGGGCUGUGGCAGUUCUCAUAGUUUGCACUAUAUCGAGUGGAUAGGGAAAUGGACCAGAUAUAUUUUGUGCAAUAAGAAGUUACAGAGUAAGUAGAUUUUGAGCUAGUUCUGUACUGAGAAUGACGUAGUAAUAAAGAAUGACUGAGCUUGGACAUUCAAAUGAAACUGACAAUCGGUCAAUGCAGUGGGGACAGCUUGAGAAGGGGUACAAAGAGAAACCAUCCCCUCUGGUUGUUUAACUUGGCAUUAAAGCAUGACUCGAUGGUUCUCGUAGAUUGUAGUGACAAGGUAGGUUGGGUAGUUUUCUGCUUUAAAAUGACAUAGAAUAUAUUGUUGAACAGCCUGAGGUACAGGCUGAUUGAUUGGUACAAACUCAUCACAACUUUUGUCCUUCGAACUCUCAAUAGCAAAGUGCCCUUUUUUCAUUGUGCAUCUUCCUUAUGUUUUAUACUUUUUUUUGGAAAUUAGUUUGCAUGUAGCAGUUAAAAAUGGGCACAUUUUAGAAUGGAGAAAUAAUGUUAAAGGGAAAAUUAGGAGUGAUUGAUCAUUCUAACGCAUCAUAUAUAUAUAUAUUAAUUUCAAAGAUUCAGAUUUUGACUUUAUUAGAGGACUGACUAAAUCAGUUACUGUAUUUGUAUAACUUUUAAGUAUCUGUUAAGAAUAAUGCUUCUCAAGAUAUUUACAUUAAAGCUUACACAUUUCUUGCAGGUUUCAACAGAAGACAUAAUCACGUUGCCCUAGUGGUCAAUAGAACUAUUUUUAAGUCCAAUUAUAUUAAAUCUAAAGUCGAGAACCACUAAAUAAGGGAGAUCUAAAGAAUCUAUUUCACUUUUUAACCUCUUUUCUAGAAAGCCAAUACAGGUCAGAGAAGGCCUUCAGGAUGAACUGGAUCAGCAACCACUCCCCAUUUUGUGUGCUACAUAAAAUCAAAUCAUGUGAUUGAGGAAUUUACCUAAUUUACUCAUAGAGCUAAAAUGGGCACAAAAGAAUAACAGAAAAUACAGUGUACUUGUAUGUAUUUGCGGUAAUUCUAGUAAAACUUAGCCAUCAGAACAUAGUCGAUUGCUUCUUACAACCCAGCAUGAGACACAAAUAUAUUUUUGUGUGUUCGUGUUUUUUUUUUUAAUUUAAGUUGAAAUUAGUUGAAUCUGGUGACACUCCUUAUAUAGAGUGCUUUUAUAAAAAAUCAAUAAAAUAAAAAUGAAACGUUUUAGAGUGAAUGCAAAAUAUGCAACUGUGCCUUUUAUACCUGUUGUUAUGGUAAAAAUGGUGGUUGGGGUUGGACACUAAAAUUAAUGGGCUAUUCCCACAUUUUUGAACCUGUAUAUUUAACCAUGUUUAUUUUCUGAGAAAUGAAAAAAGUUAUAUUAAAAAAGUCUUCUACCAAACUCAGAUAAUGGACCAGUCUUAAGAUUUCAUUCACUAGUAAAAAGAAGGAAAGAAAAAAGUUAGUAGUUUUGAGAUAAGUCAUUUAUUAUCUGAAGAAAAACUAUAGUAUAGGUCUUAGUAGCAAGAUAUUAUGAAAGAAACUGGUGAUUUAUGAUCAUUUUUAAAGAAUACUUUUAGCAGCCAUUUUGUUUUCCUUUCACACCCAAGAAUCGUAUUAUUUGCUUUUUAAUUUCACAAGGAAUUCAAAGGAUUUGUGCAUGCAAUUUUACUUGGACGCAUUUAUCAAUUGAUAGAUCAUAUAUGUAAGUUUAUGUGCAUUAGAAAACAUCUGUAUUAACUUCAGUCUAAAAUCUAAUGCUCAUUCCAACCUCCAGAUAUGCUAAUAUUUAGUCAAUACAAUUUCCAGCUGGCCUAUUACCUGAGUUUCAAAAAACCAAGGUAGAUGUUAUUUUUUGUGGGGCAAGAACCCAAAGGAGAGAUUGAAGGUGCUUGGCUGAAAGACUACCCUGGGAAGUUGUCACAUAGGAAAACAGAAAUAUAAGAAAUGGAGAGAGAGGGAGGCAAAAGGAAACUACCAUAAAUACAGCCAUCACUAAAAGACUUUUACAGCAUUUGAAGAGUUGAAGAAGGGGACAGUUUUGCUUAUGUUCUAUCCAUGAUAAAGAGCCAGUGUUUACUUAAGUGCUGAAAAAGAGGAGAUGGACGAUGGUAGAGAUGAACCUAGUCCCAACAAUUAAGUUGGGCAGUUGCCUGAAGAAGAGAGUACUUGGAAGAAGGCAUCACUUUUCAGCUACCUGGGGUACACUUUCAGACAUUUCUUUUCCUGAAUUUUGAAGCACUUACAUUCAGUGUGGUUACGAUCUGUUUGUAAUAUUAAUCAUUGACUAUUGUUCUGCAACUUGGAUGUUGAUAGUGAAGCAGAGAACAACUUAUCAUUGUUUAUUAUGAGUCACUAUGCACGCAACUAUGCUAAAAAAGAAAAAAAGAAACAUGGCAAAAAUGUAUUCAAUGCUAGUCCACCUCUAUUUAUGAAAGAUUUUGCAUAAUUUAAUUUGCUUUUGUACAGUUUUAUGUAAAUAAAUUG